AUGUAUAUUCCAAAACAAUACCAAGAAAGUGAAUGGAUCAAACAAGAGAGUUUAAUUAAAGCUCACCCUUUGGCAACCGUUGUUACUACUGACGAAGCCGGAAAUCUCAUUGCUAAUCAUUUCCCUUUUUACUUAUACACUGAUGAUGAAGGAAAGAAAUUCCUUCAUGCUCAUGUUGCAAAAAAAAAUCAUCAAGUUCCUUCUUUAACUAAUAACGAUAACGUUUUGGUUAUAUUCCAAUCUCCUGACUCGUAUAUAAGUCCAAGUUAUUAUCCUGGUAAAGAAGAAACACAAAAAUAUGUUCCAACUUGGGAUUUUGCUUGCAUUCAUAUCAAGGGGAAAUCUCGUAUUGUAAACGAUGGUGAAUUUGUCUUAAGACAAUUGAAUAAUUUCACACAUCAAAAUGAAUCGAAUAGACCAAAACCUUGGACCGUUGAUGACGCUCCUAAACCUUAUACCAGUGCAUUAUUAAAAGCAAUCACUGGUUUAGAAAUCGAAAUUGACGAAAUUGAAUGUAAAUUCAAAUUAGAACAGGAAAAAUCAAGAAAAGAUAUUAACGGAGUAAUCGAUGGUUUAUCAAGAGAUAACAAACAAAUUGUUUCUGAUUACGUCAAAUCUUCUAAUUUAUCAAAAGCAUGA